AUGAAAAGACUUGACAAUUUAAGCAGUCAAAUCAAUCCAUGGACACUUGAUCAGGACAACAAAGCAUCAAUAUUGAAAACACAUUAACCUUCUGUAAACCUUCUCUAAAUUCAAUCAGAUAAGUACUAAUCUACUUAAAAAAUUUUGAGCAAUCUCAUCUGAAAUCCGAUCAGUUCAACAUUAAGCCAACUUCAUCCAUGCUCAAAUCAAUCACCUUCUGUGAUAGUCACUUUACUGAAUAAGUAUGUGAUCUCGUAAAGCAUUCAGAGAAUGGCUCCUCCAAAGAUGAUGGACUCAAUCUAUGCCCAGGCCUAUUAAAUGACUUCGAUGAAGCUCCCAUCUAAGAACCAUUACUUCAAACUGCUCCUCCUCCUGCCUACAGGUAAUCUGAGGCACAAUCUUAAGAACAGCCUUUGCUAAGUAGAAAUCUAAAUUGGUUCAACCACAGAAUGAGUAACAGAUUAGACAAUCAAUUAUGCAAGGUCAAUUUUAAAUCUCAUUUGGUGUAGAUAAUAAUCAAUUCAUCACGCGCACCAACUCUGCUCUAGGCAAUUAAAUGAUAGAUAUCAAUUCGGAUUAUUAAACCCACAAUAAAAGAAAACUCUUAACCUAGCAUUUGCAUCACCCUAUUAAUAGUAAGUAUAAUAGGGAAUCCAACCACAACCUCUUCACAAACAUGAUGACCUACAGUACUUGAUCCUCCUGCUCCUACCUCACAACCUUAUUACUAAUAACCAUAAAUUUAAUAAUUUUCUGAAAAAAAAACUCAUAUCCAACCAUUAUUGGAGCACCUACUUAAGCACUAGCAAAGCAGAAAUUAACCGUCUAUUUGAAGGUGAUGAUAGUGAAAGUGGAUUAUUUAAAUCUACAUCAACGAAUAAAUUAAAGCUUAUGCACCUGGCAUACCUUCAAUAUAAUAAUUGUAAAUUAGAUUAAAUAUGAACAU